AUUCAUUUAAAAAAAAUUAACCAUAUUGCAAAUAUUCGAAUUCCCAUCAGUUCGAAAUCAACCCCACCCACUGUCAACGUCAAAUUUAUUAAGUCAAAUGUCAUGGACAUGGGCGAUGGGCAAAAAGAGUCAAAAUUGACAUUCACUGACAAUUAGUGACAAUUUUUUUAUUUUUAAAAACUGUUAUCAGUAUUGAUAAACAUUCGAAUACAACUGAACGAGGAAAUGAUCUUCAAAAUUAGCAAUUGUCGAUUGCCACACAUGCAUUAGUUUUGUGUAAGAUAAUCCGCAGAGUUCAGAGUCUGCAUCACUUGAUCCUUUCUCUUUAUUCUAGCUCCUACUACAAACAAGUUGAACCUAUAGCUGUUGAACCAUGGCAGCAGCUUUUGCUGAAUCAGAUGCAAUUCUGAGCCACCUAACGAACCAGAUGAACAUGUACAGUCCAGAGCCUAAUGAUGAGCUCUGGAGGCAGUGUGCCGCUUGGCUUACCAGAUGGGAGAUGCUGCGAAAAGAUCAUAAAGCCAACUGGCCAGAAGCUUGCAUUGCAGAUCUUGCCAAUAUUUUACGUGAUGGUGUGUUACUUUGUAAAUUGAUCCAUAAGAUGGAUCCCAGUUGUAUUGAUAUGAAGGAUGUGAAUCUCAAGCCAACUUUAGCUCAGUUUUUAUGUUUACGUAACAUAAACCUAUUCCUAAAGGCCUGUGUGGAAAGUUUUGGCCUAAAACAAUCAGACUUAUUUGAAGAUACCAUGUUGUUUGACUUGUCAAAUUUCCACAAAGUAUUAUGUACCUUGUCAAAGCUAUCACUUUGCCCUAAAGUACUGAGGUUCAGGAUACCGGGGUUCAAUGCCAAACGUAUGAAUAGUAGGGAAGAAGAAAUCAUAUAUCAGAGUUUAAGAGGAGUUGAGAUGCCAGUUAGAACACGUGGGAUAGUAGAAACAGAAGCUUUUGGCAUAAAUAGUGAAGAAAUUUACAGAGACCUUUGUGUUAAAUCCUCGCCUAUAGAGCAACCCCCUACUUUUGAGAAACGAGACUUCGUUAUAAAGGAACUUUUAGAUACAGAAAAGAAUUAUGUAGAUGUAUUAAGUAAGCUCAAAAAGAAUUUUAUGCAACCUCUCAUUAGUCAGAUGAAACCUGAGCACCAUAGUACUGUAUUUUUCAAAAUAAAGGAACUAAGAGAUAUUCAUUCGGAGUUUCUCCACGAGCUUUUAAAUAUUAGAACGAAUUCGUCCGUGAAAUUAAGCAAUGUUUUUAUGGCGUGGCGGGAGAAGUUUUUAGUGUAUGGAAUGUAUUGUGCCAACCUAACGAAAGCUACAACGAUACUACAGGAAUUGUGUGAUACAGAUGAAGCCUUCAACCAAGCUGUUAUAAAAUAUGAGAAGGAGGACAACAAUGGAAGAUUUAAACUUAGGGAUGUAUUAUCCGUGCCAAUGCAAAGAAUUUUGAAAUAUCAUCUUUUAUUAGACAAGCUGAUCGAAAAUACGGAUCCGAACCAUGAAGAGUACAACGACUUACGCCGAGCCAGAGAAGCGAUGUUGGACGUAGCAGGUUAUAUAAAUGAGGCAGCUAGGGAUAGUGAACAUUUAGAAGUGAUAAAUAAUCUUCAGGAGACAAUAACAGAAUGGAAUCUUAGUCCUAAUCAACGCCUUUCUGAUUACGGACGACUGCUCAAAGAUGCCAGCCUCAAAAUCAAAGCACACGACGACCAGAAGACUAGGAAUAGAUAUGUGUUCAUUUUCGAUAAAUGCAUUUUGAUUUGCAAGCAAUUGAAGGGUAACCAAUUUGCAUUUCGUGACCUCAUUAACAUAGUAGAUUACCAUGUAGAAGAAGUUCACAACAGACCUAUCUUAAACAAAGAAGCUAGGACGUCGUAUCAAUUCUACCUAGUGAAGAAUGAUAGUCAAAAUGCUUAUACAAUCCUUGUGCGCACAAUUGAACUAAAACAACAACUUAUCAAAGCCGUCAAUGAUGCCCUGGAUAGCAUACAUCCAAAAGCGCUGCUACACACUAGCCACAAUUUUGAACUGCAAACCUUCACUCAACCUGCCCAAUGCCUAUAUUGCUCCAAAUACCUGAAAGGGCUCAUAUACCAAGGCUACAGGUGCGGAACAUGUAAUACUUGUGCGCACAAGGCUUGCAUUCAAUACUCUGGCAAGUGUGGACAGUCUCCAAGUCAUUCUAGCCAUUCACUUCACAAUGGUACGAGUAGUCCCGAUAACUCUCUAAAGGAUAAGUUAUGGUUUGUUGGAGAAAUGGAUAGGGUAACAGCAAGCGUGAAGUUGGAAAAAAGAGAAAAUGGAACAUAUCUGGUGCGACUAAGAGUGGGAGAAUUUGACAGGGAUCCAUAUGCUUUAACUCUAAAGACUGAUAACGCAGUAAAACAUAUGAAAAUAUGCUGCAGAAACGAGAAAAUAGGCAACACGACUAAGUAUUACCUGUCUCAAUCGAAAUACUUCAGCAGCAUCGAAGAACUAGUGCUCAACUAUCAAAGGAACAGUCUGAAGGAGAAUUUUGAUAAGUUGGACGAGAAUACUAAACUGCUGUGGCCUUUCAGGCAGUUGAAAGCAGUUGUCCAGGUGAAUCAUGAAGCCAAAGAUGCCGCGCAACAAAGUGUUAGAGAAAACCAGAAUGUGAUAGUUAUAGGGAAAGAGGGCUACAGAAAUGGCUGGUGGAAAAUUAAAACUGAAAGCCAUGAGACUGGAUAUGUUCCUGCGAAUAUUUUAAGAGUGGAUGGAGAGGUGAGGUUUGAUGAUACCCCGCUAGUUGCGCUGCCGUAAGAGUAUACAGUGGAAGAUAGUUAUACUUUCUGCAUAUAGAAUCUCUUUUACUGUUACAAACUUGCCUGACUCGAGACAACUACUAGAACAUUUUGUUAAAACUCACUAAUUUGAACAAUUGAAUCACUGUGUUCAAUGGGAUAAGGUAACACAAGGAGACCAGUCCGUUUAAAUAAAAAGUGAAAUAAAUAUCAAAUAUUGGUGAAAAAGCUCAAAACGAGGUACUCAUUAUAUUAACUUGAAAAUAAUUUCAGUUUCAGCAAAUUAACAAAUAUUUUAAUCCAAUAUUCCUGAAGUGAUUGGUUUCCACCGACGUACUUUAUUAUUAUCCAAACAGAUCCGGUAACUAAUGGCAAAACAAAUUAGUACUGUGUCCUGGAAGACAUAUAGAUACAGGUAGUUGUCCACCUCGUUUUCCAUUAAGUUUUUGUUUGAAAAGGCCAUUGAAGUAAAAUUUUGCUUCUAGAUCUGUGAUUUUAUUCAUCAGCCAAUAUAUAUGAUUGGUGUAAAUUGAAGUUCUAUUAAGCACAGUGAUUAUCCACUAAGAUAUGCAAAUCCUGAGAUGAAACUGAAAUGACUAUACAGGAUUUUCAAAAAAAAGUUAGGAAGCCUAUUUUUUGAAUAAGGAAAUAGCAAAUAAUUUAGCUUUCUAUGGAUCACUCUAAAUAUUUUCGUAUAAGAUGUUUUUGAACGAAAGGAAACAUAGAUCAUUAAAAUUUUGGUGCUAAGGGCAAACAGGUAGAAACGUUAAGAUUGCAAGAAUAUUUGUAUUGCAUUUCUUUAGGUAAGCUAUAAGUAGAAACUGUUCAAGUAUUGCUCACAAAUAAGUACAUAUAUAUUUGCACUUAGAAUUUUGCUCUACAUAACAAUCUUCAAAGAUUAUACCAUAGGCGCUAGUUUCACUGGGCCUGAGGAGACUGUAGGACCCACAACAUAUUUGCACGUCUGAGAGAAAAAGUGAUUAAUAAAACACUACUAUCAAUGCAUUUUCAAAUUGUUAUCGCUUUAGCAAUUUUUAAGUUAUCAAGCAUUGGAGCUAUAAAAAUCCGUAGCUUUGUCAUCUCGCUUUAAAAUUAUAGAAAAACUCGUGUGACUGUUUGUGGCAUUGCACUAAUUGCUGACAUUUCGUUUGAUAAUGCUUAUACAUGGUAUUUUUCAACAGUUUUGAAUAUGAUGGAGAUAAAACCCCCUGGCGCCUAUGGAAGAUACUUGAAUGUAAAAUAAAGCAGUGCAAUCGUUUAAAUAAACUUUAUCAUCAAUAUGUUUUGCAUAUUACAAUUUUUGGGUACGAGAACGAAUAUAUCAUAUGUGUAUGUUUGCAUGAUUGUCGAAGUUGGCUUUAAAAAUGUUAUUUUCUGGAUUUGUAUAAAUGUUACAUGUUUCGUGUCCUCGGAAUUAAAUGUACAUAUACUGUAGGUGUUCAACUUUACACGUAGUAUUUUUAUUAGGAGUUUUAGAAACACUUUUUACUCUUAUAUUUUAUAUGGCUACUAGAAACGAUUUUUAGUAGACGUAAUCUUGACUGUCCGUCAUUUUCAAAGGGAAAAUCGAACUAAUUUUUGUAACACGUCCAAGUAAUACUCUGGAGGUAUGUAUUUUCUAAAACAUUUGUUAGACAAUAUUUGUUACCUAUAAAAACCACAUGGUUGUACCCAGAGUAUUUCGGUAUUGCUCAUUUCCAACAUUAGAUAUUAGCUUAAAAAACAUGGCCUAAAUGUAUUUAACAAUAUUCACAUAAUAGCUCAAUCGUCAGAUACCCUGUACCAUUCACAAACAAAAAAUGCACCUCACAAUAAAAUUUAAUCCAGCAUUGUUUCAUCUGCAAAUAGAAACAAAAAGUUAAGUACCAUUUUGAAAAUACCUGUGACUUUUAUGAAUAUUUAUGUGGGAGCAUUAAAGUGGAAAAAUCGACUUUUCAAAAAUGUUCUGGAUGUCAUUCCCAAGAUUUAAACGAUGCGUUCUGAUGUUCCCAAAUUAUUAAAUUUUGAGUAAAUUAAUACUACAAGUAUUAAAACUUUUCAAUUGCACAUUCAUAUUGGCUCUGAUUCUUGAACUAUAAAAUUAUAAUACAUAGGCUUGCUGUCCGUAACAUACUAAGUAGCUGGUUAGGCUUUUUUAGAGGCUUUGACAUCUUUUGACAUGCUUAUACCCUGCUGCGCAUUUGACUAUAUUUGUAAUAAGACAGCAAGCUUUUGUCCUAGAAUUAUGUGAAGAUAAAAUGUCUAUCCGUUAAAAUAUAAGGCAAUCUAAGAACGUCUGAUGAUUUUCAACACUCCUCACAUUUGAAAAAAUCAUUGGACAUUUUUAUAACUCAUGAGUCUCAUUCUUACACAUUGUUUUAGUUGUAAUUAUUGUAUAUUUUAUCUCUAAGGUGCCAUUUUACACGUACAUAUCUUCUCUCUCUCUCUCUCUCUCUAUUUCUAUGCACGUGUAUCAUAUGUUUUACUGUAUAACAUUUGUAUUUUAUGUUCAGUGUAUGACGUCACAUGUAAUUUGUGUGUUAAGAAUUGCAUAUUUUAGUGAAUGUGCCAAAUCUGUACAGGGUGUUUCUCCUGAGAUUUGCGAAGUGGACGUCGUUUUAAAUUAAAUAAUGAAAUUGUCUCGAAAAUGUUCAAUUCUUCGAAGAUUUUUGUGAUUAUUUUCAAGUAUAAUAAUAUUCCACUUCUAUCAAACUAUGAAAAACACCCUGCAAUGAGCAUUUUGUUUAGAAAUAUAUCGACAAAAGAAGAGAUGCCACAUCCUAAUUAGUUUCAAAAAAUACAUUCGAUUAAAUAGUACAAAACUGAAGGUCUAAAAGCAGAUCCUAAAAUAUAUUAUCAAUCUUUUCCUGCAUUAGAUUGUAUGUUGCAUUUCAAUUGCUUUAUACAUAUAUUUUUAAGUUAUAUAUUUUUAAUAAAUGUGAUAAAUUAAAGUUUUAAGAAUGAUAUGCUGUAUACAUAUAAAUAUAUUACAGAGAAUAUUUACAAAGGAUGCAAGAUGUAUGCUAAAUAUUUAUAUGAAUGAGUUAGGUCUCAGUAUGCCUUUAGCGAACAUUUCGAUUGAGGAUUAAAACAUUUGCAUUUUCUCUCAAUAGUAACCAAACAAAAAACCUGUCAAGAUAUCAGCCAAUCCAACCAAUAUGAUUCUUUGCAGUAAUACUUUUCCACAAAACUAUGCAAAUAUGUAUUUUACAAUCAUGAAAGAUUGUGCAUAACUUCAGUCUACAUAUGGGACUUUUCAGGAUAAAAAUAAGUAUGAGAUAGUGAAGCGCCAUCUAUCGCACAAGAAGCGAACCAUUAUAGAUCGCGCACCGCUGCUAUUAGUCGGAACUGUCAUGGAUCUCAGUUCCCGUUUAAUAGCCGUGCCGCUAGAUGGCUGAUGAUUCUGGCUGAAUGUAGAAGUGGUCUACUUGCCAUUGAACAGGUUAACCAAGAUGCUUUCGUCCGUCCGACCAAGAAAAGAAGACAGCCAUUCAUGGCGUGCUUCCGUUCAAUGGCAAGUAGACCACAUCCAGAAUCAUCAGCCAUCUAGCGGCAUUAAACGGGAACUGAGAUCCAUGACAGUUCCGACUAAUAGCAGCGGUGCGCGAUCCACAAUGAUUCGAUUCUGGUGCGAUAGAUGGCGCUUCGCGCUAUCUCAUACUGAUAAACCGUACCUCCGGUAUAGAGGAUCAUUGUGAUGUUUUCGUUUGUUCGUCCAGAGAUAAGAGACCAAGCCUAUCCCAUGCUGGUGAGUACCUAAGCACGAAACACCUGUCCAUGGUUGGCUGUCUUCUUUUCUUGGUCGGGCGGACGCAAACAUCUUGUUUAACCAGUGUUAAAUAAUAAUUUUUUUACAAAGUUGAAGUUCGAAGAUCAUAGCUUAUAAAUAAGUCAGAUCUUUUUUACAAACUUGAAGUUGAAAGAUCAUAGCUUUACAUAUUUUGUUCACAAAAUACAUAAUCUUUAAAUAUGUCACCGUUAUUUCGGCUGAAACGGAAGCGUUUUACAAAGAAUAAACUAUGAAUGAAGUCUUGACGAAUAAUGGGCAGGAAAAACGCGAUGGAUCAGAGAAACAACCAAAGGACUUUCAGAACUUCAUUAGAGAAGUCCUCACUUUCAGACUGAAUCGAACUGUGCGUUGAAAGGUAGUCUAAAUUUGGUAUACUUAUAUCGGCAUCCAAAUGGAGCACGAUGAUUCGAAUAUACCUUUGUAGACAAGUUCUGUGGGAGGAGUGCAACAAAGGCAGAAUUGAUUGUGAUGUAAUAGUGUAUCCACUUACAUAUUAAAUCAUUUGAUUAUUGUUAAAUUUAAUAUGCGUAUACGUUGCAAAUAAACUGAUCAACCAUA